CCCGCCCACACGUGCGCGCGCACCUCGGCGGCGCUCCCAUCCUCUCUGAGUUCGCUGCGGCGUUCGGGAUAGAGUCGCGGGGCUCAGGUUCAGUCGGGGGUCCCUGGUUUCCGAACCCCAACCUUCGUGUCCGCGUCAGUGCCCGGUGACAGGCAGAGCUCCCGCCUUCUCCAGACGCUCUGGUUUCAGUGAUUCCAGAGUGCUAUCCACAGCGCGCGCUCCGCCCCGAGGCGGAAGGACGUAGAAUGAGAGGGUCCUGCGGACCGCAGUGAAGGGCUGCGACCUGCACCCCAUGGCCUCCUAGUGAGCAGACCUCCAUCCCUUCCCAAACACUCCCGAUGCCUCAUUUACCUCUGGCCUCCUUCCGGCCACCGCUGUGGGGGCCGAGGCCCUCAUGGGGUCUCUCCAGGCCCCAGGCACUUUGUACACAGCCGGAGCCCCACGGCUCCCCGGUCUCGCGGAGGAACCGUGAAGCCAAACAGAAGCGCGUGCGGGAGAAGCAGGCGGCCCUGGAGGCUGGGUUAGCUGAGAAGAGCAAGAUACCUGCAGUGCCCACUAAGGCCUGGAGUCACAAGGAGAAAGUAUUGUAUGAAAUCCCCACCGAGCCAGGUGAAAAGAAAGAUGUUUCUGGGCCCCUGCCUCCUGCUUACAGUCCCCAAUAUGUCGAAGCGGCCUGGUACCAAUGGUGGGUGCGUGAGGGCUUCUUCAAACCAGAGUAUCAGGCAAGGCUGCCCCAAGCUACCGGGGCGACCUUUUCCAUGUGUGUCCCACCGCCCAAUGUCACCGGCUCCCUGCACAUCGGCCAUGCGCUCACAGUGGCGAUACAGGAUGCACUUGUGCGCUGGCACCGGAUGCGUGGGGAUCGUGUGCUGUGGAUCCCCGGGUCAGAUCACGCAGGAAUUGCUACACAGGCUGUGGUGGAGAAACAGCUGUGGAAGGAGCAGAGAGUCCGGAGACACGAGCUGAGCCGGGAGGACUUCCUCAGGGCCGUGUGGCGGUGGAAACAUGAGAAAGGAGGGGAGAUCUAUGAGCAGCUGUGUGCUCUGGGCGCCUCUCUGGACUGGGAUAGAGAGUGUUUCACCAUGGAUGCUGGCUCCUCAGCAGCCGUGACGGAAGCUUUUGUGAGACUCUACAACUCGGGAUUGUUGUACCGGAACCGCCAGCUUGUCAACUGGUCGUGCACUUUGAGAUCGGCCAUCUCAGACAUUGAGGUGGAGAGCCGGCCCCUGCCAGGCCGCACGGUGCUGCAGCUGCCCGGCUGCCCGACCCCUGUGUCCUUUGGGCUCCUUGUUUCUGUUGCUUUCCCUGUGGAUGGAGAGCCUGACGCAGAGAUUGUGGUGGGAACCACCAGGCCAGAGACCCUGCCUGGAGAUAUGGCUGUAGCUGUUCACCCAGACGACCCUAGAUACACGCAUUUACAUGGACGACAGCUCCGACACCCUUUGACAGGACAGCUUCUGCCCAUCAUCACAGACACCACUGUUCAGCCACAUGUGGGCACAGGAGCAGUGAAGGUGACUCCUGCUCACAGUCCGGCAGAUGCUGAGAUGGGAACCCGGCAUGGCUUGACCCCACUGAACGUCAUUGCAGAGGAUGGGACCAUGACAUCCCUCUGUGGAGACUGGCUGCAGGGUCUUCACCGAUUUGUGGCCCGGGAAAAGAUCAUGUGCACACUGAGGGAACGGGGCCUGUUCCGGGGCCUACAGGAGCACCCCAUGGUACUGCCCAUCUGCAGCCGUUCCGGGGACGUGGUGGAGUACCUGCUGAAGAGCCAGUGGUUUGUCCGCUGCCAGGAAAUGGGGGACCGAGCUGCCAAGGCAAGGCCCGUGUGGGGAGCUUCUGAGCAUUGUGACGAAGCCCAGAGUGGAGAACCUCCUGUCGCUGUGGAGUCAGGGGCUCUGGAGCUCUGGCCCUCCUUCCACCAGAAGAGCUGGCAACACUGGUUUUCCCACAUUGGGGACUGGUGUGUCUCCCGGCAGCUGUGGUGGGGCCAUCAGAUUCCAGCCUACCAGGUCGUUGGAGAGAAUGCAGAGGAUGACAGGAAGGAAUGCUGGGUGGUCGCACGGUCAGAGGCUGAAGCCAGAGCGGUAGCAGCAAAACAGACAGGGAGACCAGAGGCAGAGCUGACCCUGGAGAGGGACCCUGACGUCCUGGACACUUGGUUCUCUUCAGCUCUUUUCCCCUUUUCCGCCCUGGGUUGGCCCCGAGAGACGCCAGACCUCGCUCGCUUUUACCCCCUCACACUCCUGGAAACGGGUAGCGACCUCCUGAUGUUUUGGGUGGGCCGCAUGGUCAUGCUGGGGACCCAGCUCACUGGGCAGCUCCCCUUCAGCAAGGUGCUUCUUCACUCCAUGGUCCGGGACAGGCAGGGCCGGAAGAUGAGCAAGUCCCUGGGGAAUGUGCUAGACCCCCGGGACAUCAUUAGUGGGCAGGAGCUGCAGGUGCUACAGGCCAAGCUGAGAGAGGGCAACUUGGACCCGGGAGAGCUCGCUGUUGCAGCUGCAGCACAGAAAAAGGACUUUCCUUAUGGGAUCCCUGAGUGUGGGACGGAUGCCCUGAGGUUUGCACUAUGCUCCCAUGGAAUCCUGGGGGGCGACCUGCACCUGUCUGUCUCUGAGGUCCUGAACUACCGCCAUUUCUGCAACAAGCUCUGGAACGCCCUGCGCUUCAUCCUCCGUGCACUGGGGGACAACUUCGUGCCUCAGCCUGCAGAGAAGGUAACGCCCUCCUCUCCCAUGGACGCCUGGAUUCUGAGCCGCUUGGCCUUUGCGGCCAAUGAAUGUGAGAGGGGCUUCCUCAGCCGGGAGCUUUCGCUCGUCACCCACACCAUGUAUCAUUUCUGGCUCCACAAUCUCUGUGAUGUCUACCUGGAAGCGGUGAAGCCGGUGCUGUCGAAUGUGCCCUGUCCCCCAGGACCCCCGCAGGUCCUGUUCUCCUGCGCAGAUGUGGGUCUGCGCCUCCUCGCCCCGCUGAUGCCCUUCCUGGCAGAAGAGCUGUGGCAGAGGCUGCCCCCCAGGCAAGAUGGCCCCCUUGCCCCCAGCAUCUGUGUGGCCCCCUACCCCAGUGCCCACAGCCUGGAGUCCUGGCGUCAGCCGGAGCUGGAGCGCUGCUUCUCCAGAGUCCAGGAGGUUAUACAGGCACUGCGGGCGCUGCGAGCCACCUACCAGCUCACAAAAGCCCAACCCCAAGUGCUGCUGCAGAGCUCAGACCCCGGAGAACAAGGCCUAGUCCAGCCCUUCCUGGAGCCUCUGGGUGUCCUGAGCCACUGCGGGGCUGUAGGAUUCCUGCCCCCAGGGGCCGCAGCUCCCUCAGGGUGGGCCCUGGCCCCACUGGGUGACACCAUGAAGAUCUACAUGGAGCUGCAGGGCCUGGUGGACCCCCAGAGCCAGCUACCUCGCCUAGCUGCCCGAAGGCAGAAGUUACAGCGGCAGCUUGAUGGCCUCUUGAACCAGACCGUGUCAGAGGGUCUUACAGAGAAGCAGCAGAGGGUUUCCUCCCUCCAAUUGGAAUUGUCCAAGCUGGACCAGGCAGCCUCCCACCUACGGCAACUGCUGGAUGAGGCUCCCAGUGCCAGGGAGCUCUGAGCUCCACACACGGCCCGGCCAGCGUUCUCCUCAGACCUGCUCGCUGUUGGUGCGAUGGGACCUCAGGGGUGACGCGGACCACCUUCCUCACUCUGUAGGAGGGAGCAGAUUGGAAAGUCCCUACAGCUGGAGAAUGAGGAGAUGUAGAUAAAAAGAUAAACCC